AAGUGCACACUAGUAUUUAACAUGAAGAAUAAAAAAGAUCAAACGGAAGUGAAAUAUCUGAGACGCAUCUAACAAAUAUGGCGUUCUCUCAGUCAGUAAGAAAAGGUCAAGUUUCUAUUAAUUGUAAAUUAUGUGAAACAGAUAGACCAAUACAGUGGAAAUGCAUGGACUGCAGUAUUCUAAUGUGUGGUCAUUGCAAGGACAAAGUACAUUCCCAAUUCAAAAACGCACAGGAUCAUAAGAUUAUAAGUAUAAAAGAAGUUGGACUGCAUACUGAAAAACUGGAUUUUACAAAUAUGAAAUGCCAUGCACACACUGGACAAUCAUCAUGUCUGUACUGUUAUAAAUGUGAAAUUCUUGUGUGUCCAACCUGUAUUGCUAAAGUUCAUAAGAAGCAUGAUUUAAUCGAAAUUAGUGAUGCAUACAACUUGAAUGUAGAAAUAUUGAAAAAAGGACAAAGUAAAAUGCAGAAGAGUAAUUCUAACAUAAAUGUGAAGAAAGACCAGCUUGAUAAAGUAGGUUCAGAGGAAAUUUCAAAGUAUUCCAAAGCAAGAGAAGAUAUUUUGAAGCAUGAAACAACUGUAAAAGAACAAGUAGAACAAUAUUUUCAAGAACUCAUAAUUAAAUUGGAACAGAAUCAUGACGCUGUUUUAACAUCAGUCAAAUCUGAUCUUCAUGCUAUAUCGUUAAUCGAAACCCAGACAGAGGAUAAAAUCAAAGAAGUCCAGGACUUGAUUCACAUUUCCAAUGCUCCUGAGUUCUUCAAAGAGUUCAAGAAGGUGAAGAAAAACAUGGAAACCCAAGAACCACGAAUCAAGACAACUUACAAUUCUUCUACAAAAUUUGUUCUGGGUAAUAUUACUCAAUCAAACAUUGGAUCUUUACAAGAUGAUGAGAGUUUUUCAGCAGAAUCAGACAUAUCCCUAGUCAUCAAUAAUGAAUACCGGACUGAACUUGAGAAAAUAACAUAUGUAUGUCCAUGCAUUGACCAGUCCAUUUGGUUACAUUCUGGUAAAUAUGGAGUGUUACAGAGAGUAAAACCUGAAGGAACUAAUCUGAAGUUAAUGUCUACAUAUAACUUUAUAGUGUAUGGAAUGGCAGUUACACCAUCUAAUCAACUCCUUCUGUGUGUUAAAGGUACAUCAAGGAUACAACAAAUCAGCUGUACUGGUAAACUGACCGAUUCAGUUUUUGAUGUAAACCCUUACCUUCCCACAACCAUCCACGUGAUCAGUGAAAACAAAUUAUUAGUAGGAGCUUAUGAAGGUAAACCAGGAAGAAAUGCUGUAAUCAUAAUGGACAAGAAAGGAGACAAAGAGACUGUAUAUGAACAUUAUAAACAUAAUCAACCUUUAUUUUCGUAUCCUUUGUGUAUAACCAGUACCAGUAAUGGAAAUAUACAAGUAGUGGAUAAGAUUCCAGAUUACUUCACUGGUAAAGUUGUGAUCCUAGGACAAGAUGGACAUAUAAAAAACGAGUAUGCAGGUCAUUCAACCAUCAAUAAGGGUACACCAUUCAAACCAGUAGACAUUGUCACAACACCCAGUGAUAAUGUUAUUGUGAUAGAUCUGGAUACCCAAAUAUUGCACAUCCUCAAUAACAAUGGUCAGUUUGUUACAUAUUUCAAUAUAGAUGAAAUAGGAAUAAGAACUCCCCGUUCUCUUGCCUUCAACACAGCAGGCCAACUUUAUAUAGGAUGCCCUAGGGCUGCAGAUAGUAAAACUAAGGAAGCAAAGCUAUACAAAAUAAACAUAACAGGAUUCUACAAUAUAGCCAAACUUUUUUUGGAACAGAAACAUAUGAAGUAGUAUAUGACAAUCAUUAUUUAUUUCUUCUGACAACUGGACUAAAGAAGUAUAAAGGAAUAUAUAAAGGCAACAGUAGUAUACCGCUAUUCAAUAGUCACAAAUCGAUUUAACUGAAACAAAUCCGGGUUACAAACCAAAACCGAGGGAAACACAUCAACUAUAAGAGGAAAACAACGGAACAACAUAAACACUGAAUAUACCAGAACUGAUGAGACAGAUAUCUUAUUUAAAACAGUAUUGCACUAUAUCUCUUUUUUAAAUAUUACUUUACAAAAAACAUCCCAUUAACAGUGAAAGUAAAAAUAACAAGUUGCUAGAUGGAAAGUUUAAUGAACUCAAAUGUUACUUUAUAAAGUUUCUGCUUCAAAAUGUGGUAACGAAACAUUUCACAUGUAAAUAUGAACUAAUCAAAUAAUAAAAACGAUAUAUGCA